AUGAAGCCAAAAAUAUGUAAUGCGAUUGAUCAACGUUUUGACGGCAUUCUAUCCAGACUUUCAGUCGGCUCUGAAUACUGUGGGAUAGACAUAUCUGAUUAUCCUAAUCCAGAUGGAGCUAUUCGUGUUUCUGUUCACUACCAUAUACCCGUUGAUAAGCUGCGACGACUCAAUAAAAAGUUGUCAGAAGUUGAUAUUCUGGGAAUGUUCACCAAGCAUCUAGUGGAGAGUCAAAUAUCCGAUGAGUUUUCACGGAAGAUAGAAGUUUCGGAUAUACUGAUAGAUUCAGAAUUACCGAUGCAGGAUAAGCAUUGA